AUGGCCCCCGCCGUCGGUAUUGACUUGGGUACCACCUACUCCUGUGUGGGUGUGUUCCGUGAUGACCGCAUUGAGAUCAUUGCCAACGACCAGGGUAACCGUACUACUCCCUCUUUCGUUGCCUUCACCGACACCGAGCGUCUCAUCGGUGAUGCCGCCAAGAACCAGGUUGCCAUGAACCCUCACAACACCGUCUUCGAUGCCAAGCGUCUUAUUGGUCGUCGUUUUGAGGAUGCUGAGGUUCAGGCCGAUAUGAAGCACUGGCCCUUCAAGGUCGUUGAGAAGGCCACCAAGCCCAUCAUCGAGGUCGAGUUCAAGGGUGAGAGCAAGCAGUUCACCCCCGAGGAGAUCUCUGCCAUGAUCCUCGUCAAGAUGCGUGAGACCGCUGAGGCCUACCUCGGUGGCACCGUCAACAACGCUGUCAUCACUGUCCCCGCCUACUUCAACGACUCCCAGCGUCAGGCUACCAAGGACGCCGGUCUCAUUGCCGGUCUUAACGUCCUCCGUAUCAUCAACGAGCCCACUGCCGCCGCUAUUGCCUACGGUCUUGACAAGAAGGUUGAGGGUGAGCGCAACGUCCUCAUCUUCGAUCUUGGUGGUGGUACCUUCGAUGUGUCCCUCCUGACCAUCGAGGAGGGUAUCUUCGAGGUCAAGUCCACUGCCGGUGACACUCACCUGGGUGGUGAGGACUUUGACAACCGUCUCGUCAACCACUUCGUCAACGAGUUCAAGCGUAAGCACAAGAAGGACCUGACCACCAACGCUCGUGCCCUCCGCCGUCUCCGCACUGCUUGCGAGCGUGCCAAGCGUACCCUCUCUUCCGCUGCCCAGACCUCCAUCGAGAUCGACUCUCUCUUCGAGGGUAUCGACUUCUACACCUCCAUCACCCGUGCCCGUUUCGAGGAGCUCUGCCAGGACCUCUUCCGCUCCACCAUGGAGCCCGUCGAGCGUGUCCUCCGUGACGCCAAGAUCGACAAGGCCUCUGUCCACGAGAUUGUCCUCGUCGGUGGUUCCACCCGUAUUCCCAAGAUCCAGAAGCUCGUCUCCGAUUUCUUCAACAAGGAUGCCAACAAGUCCAUCAACCCCGAUGAGGCUGUUGCCUACGGUGCUGCCGUCCAGGCCGCUAUCCUGUCUGGUGACACUUCCUCCAAGUCCACUAACGAGAUCCUCCUGCUCGACGUUGCUCCCCUGUCUCUCGGUAUCGAGACCGCUGGUGGUGUCAUGACUCCUCUGAUCAAGCGCAACACCACCAUCCCCACCAAGAAGUCCGAGACCUUCUCCACCUACUCUGACAACCAGCCCGGUGUCCUGAUCCAGGUGUUCGAGGGUGAGCGUGCCCGCACCAAGGACAACAACCUGCUCGGCAAGUUCGAGCUUACCGGCAUUCCCCCCGCCCCCCGUGGUGUUCCCCAGAUCGAGGUCGUUUUCGAUCUUGAUGCCAACGGAAUCAUGAACGUCUCCGCCGUCGAGAAGGGCACUGGUAAGACCAACAAGAUUACCAUCACCAACGACAAGGGCCGUCUGUCCAAGGAGGAGAUUGAGCGCAUGCUGUCCGAGGCUGAGAAGUACAAGGCCGAGGACGAGGCUGAGGCUGGCCGUAUCCAGGCUAAGAACGGUCUCGAGUCCUACGCCUAUUCCCUCAAGAACACUCUCUCUGAGGGCAAGCUCCAGAUCUCCGAGGAUGACAAGAAGAAGGUUGAGGACAAGAUCAACGAGGUCAUCUCUUGGCUCGACAACAACCAGACCGCCGAGAAGGACGAGUACGAGUCCCAGCAGAAGGAGCUUGAGGGUGUUGCCAACCCCAUCAUCUCCGCUGCCUAUGGUGGUGCCGCUCCCGGUGGCGCCCCCGGCGGUGCUGCUCCCCGCCCCGCUGACGAUGUUGAGGAGAAGCCCGAGGAGCUUGACUAA